AUGUAUACUCCUGGAAAGUUAGAUGCAGUAAUGGACUCGGACUUCGACCUCGGGUGCCUGCCUCUUCCUCGGCGUGUUCUUUUCUCUGAUGUCAAACAGGCGCUGUUCGAAGAUGAAGACUCGGGACUUGGAAUGGAUGAGAUUACGACAGUUGAAGAAGCAAGCAUGGACACCAACACUUCCACAGUACAAUCAUUGUUAGAGCGACCAUUUGCCAGCAUUUCGCCAUCGCCCUCCAUUCAAAUGCGACGACCACUGAAAAGAACAGAAAGAUUAACGGAAACCGACGACGGAAGUCUGCGGAAACGAACGAAAUAUGCCGAUGGUAGACGGAGCCUCAAGAAGUCCCUAUCUUUUGGUGACAAACCCUUAGAUGACCAGGAUGAUAUUAAAGCUGCAGUGGGGAGAAUGGUGGAGACGUCGGAUCUUAUUGGAGACGGAAGUCAGACAUGUAGUCUUCCAACAAUUCCUGGAAAGCACUCGGAUCUGAAGAGCAUCACGAAUGAUACGGUUGUAGAUAUUAUUUCCGGGAAGUAUGAUGACGUCAUUGGGAGUUACCUCAUUGUCGACUGCAGAUAUCCAUAUGAGUACGAAGGCGGUCAUGUGCCUGGUGCCAUUAACGUUCAUCGACCAGAGGGUAUCCAAAGUAUUUUGGAACAUCAUCAGAGCAUGCGCAAUACGGCUGCCGGCAAACGUCAUAUUGUCAUCUUCUACUGCGAGUUCUCUUCUGAAAGAGGUCCACGAAUGUGUCGCAAAGUGAGAGAGGCUGACCGGAACCUAAACAAGGAGAACUAUCCCUAUCUCAACUUUCCGGAAGUCUACGUCAUGCACAACGGGUUCAAGGCCUUCUACGAGACACAUAAGAAUUUAUGUGAGCCUCAGGGGUACACGCCAAUGCUUCACAAAGAUUUCUCCGAUGACUUGCGUCAUUUCCGGUCCAAAUCCAAGUCCUGGAGUGGCGGAUCCAAGCGUCGCAGUAUGGGGCAUCGUCUUUUCUGAGUGUCCAUUUGCGUAUUUAAUAGC